CGUUAAUUCCCAAACGAACCACAAAUUAAAACCCUAAUAUUUAACAAUGCCGAAACCACAAUUCGUUCUCCGCCGUUCCUUAGAAGAACGCCGCCAGUUAUUACAACAACAUUCCUCAUGCCGAUCCGGCAACCGCAUGGCGGAGCUCGCCGGCGGUACCACGGCGGAGGUCGCCGCCGUAUGCUGUUGUUUCCCUUGCGCCGUUGUUGAUUUCAUGGUUCUCACUAUGUAUAAAGUUCCGGCGGGUUUAUGCAGGAACGCCAUGCGUCGUCGCCGGCACCGGAGGUUGAUGGUGCACCGGAAUAGUAACGGCGGUGGUCGGAGUGAGAGUAGCAGGAUCGAGGAUGAGUUGUUGAUGCAUCCGGCGGUGGUGGCGGCGGCGGAACGGUUUAUGACGCCCAUGGCGGAGGAUAAAGAUGUGGUGGCGUUGGAAAAUGAAAUGUGGGAGAAGUUUUCGGAGCGUGGGUUCUGGAGAAGUCCGUCACGGAAAGAAUGAAAUCGGUGUU